AUGUCGACUUCACCUCUACAACCGCCAUUCGCGACGGCCUUGGUGGCAGGCGGACUCGCCGGCACGACCGUCGAUCUGUCGCUGUUCCCGCUCGACACGCUCAAAACCCGACUCCAAUCCGAGGCAGGCUUCUUUGCCUCCGGCGGCUUCCGAGGCAUCUACCGUGGCGUGGGCUCCGCGGUUGUGGGCUCGGCACCAGGUGCCGCCUUCUUCUUCUGCACGUACGAGGGCGUCAAGAGUUUCCUGGCCGCGCGACGGCAGGAGGGGCAGCUGCUCGUGGCAGGCGAGGACCUAGUACACGGCCAAAAUGCCCGCAGCAGCUGGAAGGAGGCUCGCGACCACAUGGCGGCGGCCAGUCUGGGCGAGGUGGCCGCCUGCGCCGUCCGAGUCCCGACCGAGGUCGUCAAGCAGCGCGCGCAGGCAGGGCUGCACGGCGGAUCGAGUGCGGCGGCCCUGGGGGCGAUACUGGGGCAGUACAAGAACGUCGGGUUCGGCGGGGUUUGGAGGGAGCUGUAUAGAGGGUGGGGGAUCACGGUCAUGCGCGAGGUGCCCUUCACAGUCAUCCAGUUUCCGCUCUGGGAAGCGCUGAAGGCAUGGGGAAGGAGGCGGAACGGGACCGGCUCGGAGGUCAGCGCAGCAGAGAGCGCCCUGUACGGGAGCAUAUCGGGUGCCGUUGCCGCUGGCAUCACGACCCCCUUGGAUGUGUUGAAGACGAGGAUCAUGUUGUCGAAGGAGAGGGAAAGGGUGCUGCCUCUCCUGCGGAACAUCUUGAAGACACAUGGCGUCGGUGCCUUUUUCGCCGGCAUAGGACCAAGAGUCGGAUGGAUCAGUGCUGGCGGCGCUAUCUUUCUGGGAAGUUACCAGUGGGCGGUCAACGCCCUGCAGCUCAAGGCGCUGUGA